UUUGAUUGUUAGCCAUUCCUCGUAAUAAUAAUAUGAAUAUAAUGCUCACUUAUGUCAUAAUCAACGUUGUCUGUUUUGGCCCAUAUGGCGAUCUUGCUCCACUUUCCCCUAUUGCAUUUACAUCGAGACUGCAAACCAAUACAAUCAAUAUUACCGUAGCUGAUGCUGUCAGCUUAAUCGCUGUUGUGCGAAUGUUGCUUGCUGUCAGCAGAUUGUGAGCGUGACUAUCAGCAGCUGGUGUAAUAAAUAUAUUAUCGUCCAAGAAGCUAGAGAAAUAACAUCGUCGAUAAUUGGCCAUGGCGACCGCUAGACGAAGCCGUAAAAUGGUUGGAGGACGAAAGAUGUCCGAUAUGGAAACUAUUCGUUUGGUGGAACUAUACCGACACCACGAGCUACUCUGGAACCCUAGUCAUCCGGAUUACACUCUAAGAGCUAGACGUUUCCAAUGCUACCGGGAGCUGAUGGAUGAAAUGGAUAUGGGCUCCGUGGAGGAGGUCAAGAAGAAGAUCAAGAGUCUGCGAGACACGUACACCGCGGAGCGGAACAGAAACAUCAAAUCCGGCGGGCAGUAUCAAAUCAAGCUGGUCUGGUAUGACAUUCUAGACGAGUUUUUAUCACCGGUGGCACAAUAUUCUGUGAAAAAGGAAUCUAUUGAAGAAUAUCUGGAUACCGAACAAGUGCAUGAAGCAGAAGAACUUGUUCAACCAUUACAGGAUGUACUGCCCACGAUACAUGAGCACAGGAGGAUGCCAAGACCGAUCCUGUAUAAAGUAUUGGGGAAGCCAAAGUCAACCAAAAAAAUUCGCACGCGCGGAACAUUUGAACCACCCCGACAGAGCGCACACGAGUUCACCGAUGAGUUUCAUUAUUUUGGGCUGAGCAUUGCGAGUCAACUGAGAAACAUGGCCCCGGUGGAUGCAUUCAUUCUGCAAGACAAAAUUCAGAACCUUAUUUCGGUGGAACGAAUCGAAGCAGAAAAGCGAAAGAUGGUUUCGUGAACAGACAUUUAAUAAGGCAUCGAGUUUGCUAAUCUUGACUGAGCGUUUUAGCGUAUGUACCUAUUGUUCCCAAAAUAUGAGUUACGUUUAACUGAAAUAGAUAUAAUAUUUUAGCUGA